AAACUCUCAUCUCCUCCGAACGGUGCAGUCCACAGGUCCGAGACCCUCUUCAACCAACCGCUCCUGCCAGGAAUCGACCGGUAAAAUCCGUUCUCUCUCUCAAUUCGUGGUGUUGUGUGCCUCCACCGUGUAUAUCCGAGUGCUUUUCAGUGUCAAAACGAAGAUCCCACCCAGCGCAUCGCGGUAACUACAGCUUAAACGGUGUUCUACAAUCCAAAACAAACAGCCAAAUAAAAGGGGACCAGAACCGCGCACGCACGCACGCCCGCACUCAACACAAUCAAACCCACUUCGGUAAAACAACAGUAAUAUCAACGCAACGCAGAUAGAAUGGCCUCCGCUGGACAGGAUAAUGCCGCCGCGGCCGAGUACCCGCGCGUCGGUGCCGACUUCAAGAGCGAGCUCGAGUCGUUCCGCCCGGAAACGCUAACCAAGGCGGAUACGCAGGAGAAGAAUCCGCUGCCGACGGCGGAGGAUGUGCAGAGCGAGAAGGCCCAGCGCAGCGUCUUCGAGGGUAUCGAGUCGUUCGAUGCGUCCCAGCUGAAGCAUGCCGAAACGUGUGAGAAGAACCCACUGCCGGAUCAGGAAGCCAUCAAGGCCGAAAAGGGCGUGCAGCACUUCAUCGAGUGCAUUGAGUCGUUCGACACGUCGCGCCUGAAGCAUGCUGAAACACUCGAGAAGAACCCACUGCCGACGCGCGAAAUCAUCGAGGAGGAGAAGCGCGCCUAAACCAAACAGACUACGCACAGCAUCGCCUCGCCUCACCUACCCUACCCAUUCCAACCAUCUCUCUCAAUCAACCACGCAACGCAUCGCGAAUAUGAACCAACUUUUAAAAAUAUAUAUACAUAUAUACAUCUUAAAAAGCGACGCAUGGCACAACAGAUGAGAGAGAGCGUAGUGAUAGAAGCGAUAGCAAACGCCGACGUAACAUGCGAACUAAAAAGAGCCAGGUUUAGGGGGGGAAAUAGGCGAAAGGAAAGCAAUACUUCUUCAUCAGGGGUAAUGCAGAGGAGAACAGCGGAAAACAUAUAGUGCGUACAGCCUCCCCAACACCACCACUACAUCCUUUUGGUCUGGCCAGUAGGAGUAGCUACGCAGCAGCAGUAGGCGAUGAGACGAUAGAGGCGAGUUUAUAGUAAUAAGAUUUGAUACAGCGAGGAAUUUUCGAGAAACAGAUAUAUUUUUAAGCAAAGCAAUGGAAAGUAACAGCAUUUGCAUCACACUCCUGCGGCGAACGCUUUCUCUCUCUCACACACACUUUCUCUCAGUCCCCCCGGCUCCCUUAAAAAUUAAAUCGUUCUGCUCGAAAAGAAACGCGUCUUCUCCUAGCUCGUUGGAACGUUUAGACGCUAAAGUAUAGACUGUGCAAAAGCAAAGGCAAUGUUGGGUAUAUUCUUUUCCUCGACACAUUAAGGGUAACACGUCUAGUAUGUAGACGCCUUAAAUCAAAAGAAGAAUGACAAUAGAGAAGGCAGUGCAGUGAGGUAGGCAUUUUUUUUAGCAAGAAAGCAACCAUGACAUAGUAACAGUACCAAGGAAAAAGAAGUAGCGGGAUGCGGAAUUUCGCCUUUUGGUUAAAAGAAUCAUUCUCCACAGUAAUACUGCCGAGGCCCUUUGCCAUGCGUGCACUUGCUGAGCGUUAUUGAAGCAUUUUGCAUGAUACGACGAGUGACAGCUGCAGUUAACGAUAUCCGUGCAUUCACAUGGUUAACGUUAACCUUAAGUAUAAGAAAGAUGAUACAUAAUGGAGGAAAAUACGAAAGAGAACAGCAACUAUCACCAUGGCGCUGGGAAAUUCAAUGUCGCUAUAAUUGAAACAAACUCUUCCCCUCUAUGUGUCUAUCAAUUUCUACUCCAUCGAUCAUUGCGUCGUGAGGUUUGAGGUGAUCGGUAGGGUUGGGUAGAGGUCGCUAAACAAGAGCCAGGUAUUCCGGCGAUUAUACGUUGCUUACUAAGGGGAUGCAGGAGAGUGCGUUACCAGCAAGCACGCGUGAAUUCCAGCAGCCGAAAAGGAAUUCAUAUCAAAAGCGAAAAGGAGAGAGAGAGAGAGAGUACGAAAGGGAGUGUGUGAUUGGGAUUGUGAGCAGGAGCGGUGGUAGGAGAAGGCCAAAUCAACGAAUUGCGAGGGAAAACGAUAAAAUCGAGAAAACGGACGAAGUAAAGCAGCAGGAUAGGCCAGGUACAGGCAUUUGCGCAUUUCAAUGAGAGAGAGAGAGAGAGACAGACAGAGAAACGAAACGAAGAAGAAUUUACGAAAAUAAAAUCCUU